AUGGAUGAAACUCCUUCAUUUACGAAAAGAUGUGUCAACGCGCCCGUGCAUCGUGCAGUUCGUAUACUAGGCAGGAAAUACGCAUUGACACGUACGGGAUACAAAUUUUUAGAAAUUGGUAUCAACGUUGGCCCACCGAGCUACGUGGAGAUUGCGAUAGGAGAUAAUCGUGGAAACGAAUUAAUACUAUCUAUCGAAACAUGGAAAGGACUCUAUGAACAACGUUGGAACAUUCAAAACUGUCUUCGGAAUCAUCACAAGAGCAAUUCUAUUAGCGUUGGACCUCUGACUGUGCGAUUCAGUACGAUUGAAAAUGCUAAAAUUGUAUGCAUGGAAUCAUCCGACGUACGUUUAAUGAUGACUGAAUCAACAGUAUUGUUUAUGUUCAACUUAGAUAAAUGCAUUGAAUUAGCAUUCGAUCAGUUGGUUGGUAUCGUCGAGAAAGUCGAUACAAAGUUUACACGAUUCUCGAAUAUCGCAUCCACUGUAACUGAUGCUAAAGAUGUACCAAAUGUAAUAUGCGCUAGCGAUUACUUUGAUAAAAAUCAGCUCCUCGACUGCGAACUGUUAGCUGUUGUCUUUUGUGCGUAA